AUUACAUGGAAAGAAUCCUCUUCAAUUGAAUGUCUCGAAGGGUUAAUCCUCUUUUCUUAGUGCUUUAUUCAAAGCUUCUGAUCUCCAACUCUGCUUCAGGUUGAGAAGUAAUGGGAAAGGACUCAAAACCAAAGGAAGGAGGAAAGGGUAAGGGAAAACAAGCUGCAAGUGGAAGUGAUGAGAAUGCUUCAAAGGGUAAAGGGAAAGCUGGUAAGGGAGGAGGUGGUAAGGGAGGAGAUGGUCUAGGUACCUGCACUUAUGUUAAAGCAAGGCAUAUCUUAUGUGAAAAGCAAGGGAAGAUCAAUGAGGCAUACAAGAAGUUGGAAGAGGGCUGGCUUGGCAAUGGAGAUAAGGUUCCACCAGCUGAGUUUGCAAAGAUAGCUCAGGAAUAUUCGGAGUGUCCAUCAGGGAAGAAGGGUGGAGAUCUUGGAUGGUUCCCUCGUGGCAAAAUGGCUGGUCCAUUUCAGGAAGUUGCUUUCAACACACUUGUUGGAGCUACAAGUGCACCUUUCAAAUCUACACAUGGCUACCACAUCAUUUUGUGUGAAGGGAGGAAGAAUUAAUCGAGCCAGAAAAAUUACCGAGCGCAGAGAUGUUAUAUCAUGUGGAUAUCAAACAUAUAAAUUUAGUUUACUUUGGGUGGUGCUAUAAUGAUUCUGCAUGUCUGAAUAUCAUGUUUGAAUUUAUCUAGUACUUUAUUCGGUUAAGCAUUUGAGAAUUAAGGUGAAAUUGGCAUUGACCAAUGCUAUUCUGGGCUGUUAGGACUACAUGGGUGCGUGUGGGACUGGAGUUGUGGGUUUUUUCAUAUAACUUUUAAAUAUAUGCAUGUUUAAUAAAUUUUUUUGGAUUAC